UAUAUUACAGCAUCCUAUCCAUCAGAUAGCAGCAGUGUCUCAUCACAAUCAAUCCCAACAAUCAUGCAGAAGCCACUCGACUCUAACAAUAAGAUUGUGAGCAAUCCUUAUGUGCGUCAAUCCACACUCGCCGAUGCACUAACGGAUGCUCCUAAUAACGAUAUGUCUAAGGAAGUGUUCAGUCGAAGGACGAGUUCCGCAUUAUUGAUUCAUUCUUCUUCGUUAUAUAUUGCAAUAAUUUUCAGUGAACAAGAACGAGCUCAAACAAGAGAACAGCUACUUCUGAAGGCCAAUAGAGCAGUCUACAACACAUCGCCAUCAUCAGCUCGAUAUCCGACCGAUUAUUGGGCUGGCUAUGGAUUCAGUAACUCGUUACCGGCGGAAAUCUUAAAAAGUGGUUUGAGUUUAUUGGACAAUUCACCGUCACAACCAACAACCACUCAGUACGAUUGUCGACCGAUUUUGCCUCAAGAGGCAAAAGUUAGCGAAUCUCCGGCUCAUCGCUCGUUAACGCCUUCGAUGGGUCUCGCAUCAGUGCUGGAAGAGGAUGAACACGCAGACUUUGGUACGAGUUCAAAUUCGAACUCGAAUUCGUUACUGAGUUCAUCUUCAUUCCAUAACCUCACUCAUCUUCAACANCAAGCACAGCAAGUACCUCCUCAAGCCAGCUCUACACGUCGCACCAAACGAGGUUUCUUAAUUGUCGACUCGUUCAUAUUAUUUACGGCUAACACAACUGCAGAUUUCUCAGCCUCCACCGGUAUAUUCGAAUCGAGUUCAUUGAUCGGCAAUGAUCUUCUGUGGGAUAUUCGUGUGUUUGUCGAUCCAGCAAUGGUUCUAGCACAGCUCGGUUGCAGUGAAUAUCUCGCACAAUUUCGUGAUCAAGAGGCAGUCUAUUUCGUUUAUUCUUCACUGUCAUUCCAAUCAGCCAUACAUACCAGCUAUAUUUUCGUUUCAAGAAAACAAACUUUGACUGAUUUCCUGAAAAGAUUCAGUUGGUCGGAGAUCGAAAAUGAUCUGAACGAUCUGCUCAUAGAUUAG